AUGGCCGCCACUGCCUUGGCCGCACCCAUUGAGAAGCGCUCGGAUGAUGUGCAGUGCAAGGUUGCGUACUCUGGUGAACUUGAACUGUGGAUGAACAAGCCUGAUCAAACCACUGCUCCGGUGAUUAGCGACGGAGCGGUUGCUCCGUACGGGGAAACGAUGCUCCUCUACAAUGAAAAGUAUCAGCAGUACCCCAAGGUGAACUUUGUGGAGUGCAACCUAAGCGGCGAUGUUCAAGAUGAGAGUGGUAGCUCUGAUACGAUGUAUGGUCGUAUUGAGCUUGCUGAUCAGCAGGGCAUGUGUAUUGAACACCUGCCCACGGAUGACCCUAAGAAGCAGGCACUCGGUGUGCAGAAGUGCGACAACGAUGCCACGAAGAACAAGAGUGACAAGCAAGCGUUCAAGUCGUACUGGGAUGGCAAGAGCGAUAUCUCGCACCUGUCAGUGCUGGACAAGGACAUGCAGACGUUCUACACUCAAUGGCGCUCCAAGGACGAGGGAGACCAGGCGGUGCUCACGCUUUCGAGCACUCAUCCCUCGUAUGGAAAGAGGAACGUCAUUAGAGUGAAGAAUGUUCAGAAGAACUAA